AUGAAACAAAUUACUAAAGAUUUUCGUAUACAAGCAAUGAUAUUAUAUGUUCAGUCAUUAGCUCGAGAAAAUGAAUUAUCGACAGAUGAAAUUAAACGUAUUAUUACAGGCUUCCCUCAAGAUAAUGAUGAAGGUUUUGAUGCUGAACCUGGUUAUGCAGCAUUUAAACAUUAUCAUGAUUUACGUGAGAAACGAUUAAAAUUAGAAGCUGAACAAUCGACUUAUUUUUUAGUCCAAGAGAGAGUCGAGGGCGAAACAAACGAAGUUAUUACCCCGACUCUGGAUGAAUAUGAAUUACUAAAAUUAGGUCCUCGGUUUAUUUAUAAUAAUCCAAAAACGGCAUCUCGACGGCGAACAAUUGAAUUGGCUUCUCUUAAACGAAAAAUUGAAGCUCGUUUCUUUGAAAAGAAAGUUAGCCCCGGUCGUUCAGUCGAACAAUUUAUUGCCGAAUUGGAUUUAGUGCUUCAAAAAUUACAUAACGCAUCAAUAACAAAUCAGCAGCAUAUAAGAAAAGAUUUAAUUAAUACUUCAAUACAAAAUUUAUCAAAUACUAUACAAUUAAGUCAACGUCAGAGUGGAAGCUCUAGAUUUAAUAUUAAAAAGAAAGAGAAAAAUUGUGGUCGAUUAGUAAAAAGAUUAAAGUAUAAAUUAAAAUUAACUAAUAUAAUAAUACGAAAAUCAGACAAGUCCAAAGUAUUCCAUUUAGGUAAAUUAGAAGAUUAUCACAAAAAAUCUGAAGAAUAUAUGGAGAAAACAGAAGCCUAUAAAUGUUUGGGUACAAUUGAUCCAUUACCUGAUCUGAUUCGUCGUACUAAUAAAUAUUUAUUAGAUUUAAGAUUAGCCAAGUGGAUUACUCAAAAACAAUAUGAAAAAUUAUGUAUUAAUCCAAAUGAAGUUGAACUUGCUCAUUUGUAUUAUUUACCUAAGGCACAUAAGCCUGGUACUCCUCUUCGUCCAAUUAUAUCGGGUCUGAAACAUCCAACAAUUAAAAUAUCAAAAUUUCUUGAUGAAUUACUUCGACCUUUAUUUGAUAGAAUGGCUUUAAAGUCAACUGUAACUUCUGGUUUCGAACUAUUGAAACGGUUACAAGAAUGGUCGAAAGAUAAUAUGCGUCAAGAAACUUUAUUAUGUACAAUUGAUAUAACAGAUCUUUAUACAAUGGUGCCACAGACAGAAGGAGUACUGUCAUUAAAGAAAAUGUUAGAUCAUCUUAAAUUAAAACAAAUUGGUGGUCUUAAAAUUGAAACCAUUAUAAGAUUAAGUCGAUUUGUUAUGAAAAAUAAUUAUUUUUCUUAUAAUGGCCAAUUCUAUCAUCAAGUUCGUGGAGGAGCUAUGGGUUCUCCUCUUACACUAACAGUUGCUAAUUGUUAUAUGUUCUUUUAUGAACAACAAAUUAUAAAACAAAUUAACAAUAGUGGCGGUUUAUAUUUUCGAUAUAUUGAUGAUAUAUUUUUAACAAUAAAUUGGCCUGCUCGAUAUUUAUUUAAACAAAUCGACAGAUGGAACCAUUUUGAUGAAAAUAUUAAAUUAUCAGAAAAGAUUGGUUCAACUGCUGAUUUUCUUGAUUUACAUAUGGAAAAUCAAGAUGGUCAAUUAUUUACAACAGUUUAUCAAAAGCCAUCUUAUGAACCUUAUUAUUUGCCCUUCAAUAGUGUACAUCCAUUGCAUAUGAAGAAGAAUAUAAUUUUUACUAUGUUUCUUCGUAUCAUUAGAUUCAACCAAAAUGGUUUUGUUCAACAACGUCAAUUUUUACUUAAAUUAAUUACAUUUUUGUAUUGCUUCAACAUAAUUAACAUUAUCAACCAAAAUGGUUUUGUUCAACAAUGUCAAUUAUUACUUAAAUUAUUACAUUAUUGUAUUUCUUCAACACAAUUAACAGUAACACAACAACAAGAAGCACGUCGUGCAUAG